AUGGAUAGAUCUUGUAGUUGCAACAUGAAAGGACUUUUGGUUGGCAUUGGAAAUCCACUACUGGAUAUCUCUGCUAUUGUCGAUGAAGAACUACUAAGGAAGUAUGAUUUGAAACCUGACAAUGCUAUUAUGGCAGAGCCGAAACACAUGCCUCUGUACAAGGAACUGAUGGAGAAUUACAAUGCGGAGUUCAUAGCCGGCGGCAGUGUCCAAAAUUCACUACGUGUCGCCCAAUGGAUAUUGAAACAACCAAACGUAUGCACUUACUUCGGCUGCGUGGGACACGAUGAAUAUGCUCAGAUACUGAAGGAGAGAGCUGAGGCGGACGGGGUGCGUGUCCAUUACCAGGUGACGGACGAGGCGCCGACGGGCACGUGCGCCGUGCUGGUGACGGGCACGCACCGCUCGCUCUGCGCUAAUCUAGCGGCGGCGCAGCGCUUCACGCCCGACCACCUCGCCACGGAGGCGUGCCGCGAGAGCAUACAGUCGGCCCGCUUCAUCUACGCGUCGGGCUUCUUCGUGGCCGUCUCGCCGGAGUCGAUAAUGCAGCUAGCGGAGCACGCGCACACGAAGAACCUAACAUUCAUCAUGAACCUGAGCGCGCCAUUCGUGUCCCAAUUCUACAAGGAACCUCUGGAGAAGAUGAUACCAUAUGUCGACGUUCUCUUCGGCAAUGAAACCGAGGCGGAGGCGUUCGCGAAGGCGUUCAACCUGAGCGGCGGCAGCCCCAAGGAGAUCGCCCAGAGCAUCGCCGCCAUGCCCAAGCUGAACGGCGCCAAGCGGAGGGUGGUGGUGAUAACUCAGGGCAGCGACCCAGUCGUCCUAGUCGAGGGGGACUCCGUGACCCUGGUGCCGGUGACGAAGCUGGCCAAGGAGCAGAUAGUGGACACUAACGGCGCCGGGGACGCCUUCACGGGCGGCUUCCUCAGCCAAAUGGUGCUGGGGAAGAGCUACGAGGCGUGCGUAAAGUGCGGCAUAUACGCCGCCUGCCACAUCAUCCAGCACUCAGGCUGCACCUUCGACGGGCAGAGCGCCUACGAGUGC